UAAUUAUAAUUUUUAUUAUGGUUACGAUAUUUUUUAAUAGCCAUUUCAUUGGUUACUUGUGGCAAAUCUAAUAUGAGUAAAUGUGUAUGUUAUUUUAUAUCGAUAAUUUAGUUAUUUAUUAUUCGAUGCGUGGAGAAAAAAUAUUAUUUUUUUUUUAUCUUUGUAUAUAUACAAUACUUAUAAAAAACAUAAAAAGUUAUGAUAAAUAUCAACAUGUCUGCCUGCAUUUUGGCGUCUUCACUCAUUGAUUGUUCAUGAAUGGAAAAAAAACAAUAAAAUUACUAAAAAAAAAAAAACAUUAUUAAAUGACAUUUGGAGUAACAUCAUAUGUAUUUAAAAUUAAAAAAUUGAUAUGUAAAUGGUAAAUUAUAUAAAUAGUACAAUGUCAAAGCAAGAACUUUGCCGGCUAUGUGCCGAAUCAAAAACUGAUUUAAUUGGUAUUUAUGACAGUGAAGGUCAAAAGCUUGAUAUUUCUGACAAAAUAAGUAAACAUCUUCACAUUCAGAUUUCUACGACCGAUGGUCUUCCCCAGUCAGUUUGUAUUGACUGUUGUGUUGUUUUAAAUCAAUGCAGUGACUUUUAUAAACAAACAAACCAGGCGCAAACUUUAUUAAGACAGUCAUUGAUUGAAUUAAAAUUCAACGAUAAAAGUUUUCAACAUCAGUCGAUAGAAUUAAUUGAGUCUAGUGUAGUAUCCGCUGAAGAAAAGAAAAAUAAAGAAGCCACUAAAAAGACUGAUGAAGAAUUUUCAAAGCAACGAGAUCCCUUACAAACAGCUAAUAAUAAUAAUAAUAAUAAUAAUAAUAAUAAUAAUAAUAAUAAUAAUAAUAAUAAUUUUGUAAACAGUGAUUCUGUAAAUGAAUCUAAUGAUGAAUCAAUCGAUUAUUUUAAUAAUAUUAAUCAUCAUCAAUAUAGUGGACCAAUAAAAACUGAAGAAAUUGAUUUAGAUGCGGACUUUGAACUAAAAAAUGAUUCUAUUAGUAAAGUGAGUAUUAAGCAUAAAGAAAAAUUAACAAGCGAAAAUAAAAAAAAAAAAAUUGUGGCAUCUUCAAGUAAUGUUAUUAUUACGAUUGAUAAAAAACAAGAGGAUAAAGAGAGAAAACAAGACGAGAAGCAAAGUAAAAAUAAAAACAAUAAUGAUGAUGACAAUAAUAAUAAUAAUAGUGAUAAUAGUAAUAACAACAACAACAACAACAACAAUAAUAAUAAUAAUAAUAAUAAUAAUAAUAAUAAUAAUAGUAAUGAUAACAAUGACGAUGAUGAUGAUGACGACGAUGACGACAAUGAUGAUGAUGAUGAUGACGAUGAUGAUGAUAAAGAACAGGAAUUGGACGUUGAAGAUAUUAAAAAAAAAAUAAAAGGUAGCUUUAAAAUACCCGAUAAUUACAUGACAGGAACAGAUUCAGAUAGAGAAAUAAUUGCUGGUUGUGAAUCUGAUGAAAAUAGUGAUGUGGUUGCUUCUGGAUACAAAACUCGAAGUGAAUCAUUAAAAAGUAGACGAAAACAAAAAGAAAAUAGUUUAGAUAAAUAUCCAUGGCUAUGUACUGACUGCAAUGAUAAACUUCCAUGUUUGGAAAUGCUUGAAAAACAUCAUAAAAUUAUACACAAUCAACAAGCAAAAUAUAUGUGCGUCCAAUGUUGUAAAGUAUAUGAAAAAUAUUAUGGUUUUUUGACACAUGUUAAAAGACACAAAAUAAAAUCAAAAUACAAUUGUGAUAUAUGCGGUAAAUCAUUUUCACAUAAAAAAGUUCUUGACUCACAUUGUUCAAUUCACAAUAAAGAUCGUCCUUAUGUUUGUCAGACAUGCGGUAAAUCAUUUCGACAACAAAGUGCAUUAUAUAUUCAUAGUCGUUGUCAUUUACCUGAAACAAUGAAAAAUAGAUAUCCAUGUGAUCAAUGUGAUAAAAGAUUUUCAACAAAACCAAAUUUAGUAACACAUAAACGUAUACAUUCAGGUGUUAAAAAUUUUACAUGUGAUCAAUGUGGAAAAAGUUUUAUACAAAAAGGUAAUUUAGAAGCACAUUUUCUUACUCAUUCUGCUGAUAAACCAUAUAAAUGUACUCAAUGCCCAAAAGCAUUUAAAACCCCAUUACAAUUAAAAAAACACGAAACUGUUCAUACUGGUGAUAAACCACAUCAAUGUGCUGUUUGCGGUAGAACUUUUCGUGAAAAAGGUACAUUAAGAGAACAUCAUAGGAUACAUACCGGUGCAAUGCCAUUCACUUGUGAAUUUUGUGGUAAAUGUUUUCGUUUUAAAGGAAUAUUAACAACACAUCGUAGACAGCAUACUGGAGAACGUCCUUAUAGUUGUCUUGAAUGUCAACAUCAUUUUACUAAUUGGCCAAAUUACAAUAAACAUAUGAAAAGAAGACACGGAAUUAAUACUUCCCAUACAAAACAUUACAAACAGCAGUCUUCCAAUAAUCAUGAGUCACUUAACAACGACAAUGAUGACCAUCAUCAACAACAUCAACAGCAUAAUCAGACAACAACAACUACCCUUACUCAAGCUACAACACAUCAAAAUGAUAUGAUUUUAUCUACCGCCGUACCAACUUCUAUUGUUCAAGUAAUUCAUACAGCUCCUCAUCACAUUACCGCUGAACAGCCAAUCGUUGUCCAGACAAUUCCUUCGUCAAUUCAUCCUUAUCAAGCAGAUGUAUCGAUAACACAAGAUAAUAAUAAUAUUACCACUACUACUACUACUAUUACUACUACGACUAAUAAUACCGCUACUUCUACUACUACUACUACUACAGUAUUCAAAGAAAGAAAUGGUGGGACAUAUUUUAAUCCUGUUCCAGCGACACUUCAGACUUUCCUGCCGUCUCAUUUGCCAUAUAAUUUUUACCAUAUUUCAACUAUUUCUGAACCAGAUUUGAUUCAUCCAAGAUAAAAUUUAUAUGUUAAAAAAAAAAAAUUGUGAUUUAUUUUUUACUUUUGUUUUAGUUUGGGUUAUAUAUUGUACGAUAUUGUAAUUGAUGUUUAUGAUUUCAAAUUUUUAACUGUCGUUAAUCUCAAAAUUUUUACUCAUUAAGAGAUAAAAUUAUUAUUAAAAUUUAUACGAUUUUUUUUUAUUUUAUAUUUAAACUAAAAAAUAAAAAUAAUGCCAAUAUUUUUGAAAUAU